CGACGGGAUCCAGCCUGCCGUGGUCGAGGCGAGGCAUCGGGUCGGAGUUGAGGCCGCUCCCUCCAUGUUGAUGGUACAGAAACGUAGCUUAUGGAGUAGUCGUAAUUAUGUCGAUAGAAACCCGAUCAAGUUCGGCUCUUUUUAAAAGGGCCGAACAAUUGAAGCGUUGGGAAGAAUCGGAAACAAACCGAGAAGACACAGUGCUCAAGACUAAGACGAGAAAAAUCAAGUUUUCCGCUGGUUGCGUGUUUUUAGCAGCAUGUGCAUCAGGAGACAAGGAGGAGGUGGUUCGUUUGCUCGAGAAGGGAGCUGACAUUGACACCGCUAAUGUUGACGGCUUGACAGCUUUACAUCAGGCGUGCAUAGAUGACAAUCUUGACAUGGUGGAGUUCCUUGUGGAGCAUGGUGCUGACGUUAAUCGCGGUGACAACGAGGGAUGGACCCCACUCCAUGCCACUGCAUCAUGUGGAUUUAUUAGUAUAGCAAAGUAUUUAAUUGAGCAUGGAGCUAAUGUAGCUGCUGUUAACAAUGAUGGAGAGCUCCCGUUGGAUAUUGCAGAGUCAGACGAGAUGGAAGAAUUAUUGCUAGACCAUAUAACUACCAAAGAAAUUGAUUGUGACGAGGCUAGAGGCGAGGAAGAACGAAUGAUGAUGAUGGAUGCUAAGGAAUGGAUUAACAAUGGUGAAAUGGAAGAUAAACCGCAUCCUAAGACUGGUGCUUCCGCCUUACAUGUCGCUGCUGCAAAAGGAUAUAUUAAAGUUAUCAGUGUCUUGCUCCAGGGUAAAGUAGAUAUAAAUUCACAAGACUGUGAUGGCUGGACACCGUUACAUGCAGCUGCACAUUGGGGUCAAAAAGAAGCUUGUGAAAUGCUUGUGGAACACUUCUGUGAUAUGGAAAUCAAGAACUAUGUGGGACAAACUGCUUUUGAUGUAGCAGAUCUUGAUAUGGUUCGAACUUUAGAGGAGCUCAAGAAGAAGCAAGCAACAUUACAAAGAGAUAAUGGAGAUAUCAAUGCAAUAAUCAACAAAAAGGCAGCUGCAAACACACCAAAGAGACGGUCAUCCAUCACCAGAAUGUCGGGGUCAGAUAAGAGUAGUCUGGUGAACAAAGACACAUCAUCGGAGCGACAGGUGUUGGAUCGUACUAUAUCAGAAGAAGAGGGACCACCUGGAACCAAAGUUAAGAAAGUUGAAGUUAAAAUCGAGAAAGAAGAUAUCAAGGAGGACAGUCAAGUUGAUGAGGAUGAAUCAUCUAGUGAGUCAGAUUCUGAAGAUGAUUUAUCAUCAAAAUCUGACACUAGUGAUUCUAGUUUUGAUAAAAUUGAGGAAGGAUUUGAAGAAAAGAAGAAUCAAGUGAACAGGAUUGCAGAUGGUCCUACAAAUCCUGCUCCCAGUGCCCCACCCAAACUAUCUCAAGGUGAGAAUGAAUCAAAUAUGCCAUCAUGGCGAAGGCCAGGCUCUGUACGGGGCCGCUCAGAGCAGAAUCACAACCAAAUACAGCCGCCUCCUCGGAAUUUCACUUUACGUCUUGGAGAUAAUGAAGUUAAUAGUGAGACAUCGCCUGCUGGCGGGCGUGGUGUCACUGACAACGCAGACGUUGUUCUCAGAGUGAGAAGAACUCAGAGCUUCAUUGAAACAGACGAUAGGUUUUAUCGCAGAUACCAGGAGUUACAUGCAAGAAUAAAAGGUUCAUGCCCCUCAUUGCCCUCCUCUCAGUCUGUGUCAGCCUUACCCACUCGAUCUGCCUCACUCAGGGAAAGAUAUUUGCCAAGCCGUAGAGGAUCUAGUGAGGAAAGUAAACAAAGUCCAACCAAGUCUGCUUCAGCAGCGGUGGUAUCUGCCGUUGCAGCAGCUACUGCAGCUGCCACUGCUGCAAAUCUGAUGCCACCACCUGCAGACCCUGUUAACAGAGCCUCCCAAAGCACAACUGCUAAUUCCAUUGGAAUACCUCCCAUCAGUCAAGUUCGAAGCGGGCCUAAGGACAGUAGUUCUAGUGGUAGUCCAACUACCACUCCUACCACCCCCACCACACCAGGGGGAAGUAAGCUUAGUCCAGGGAACAUCUUCAAAAAUUUCUUCAAGUCAUUUGUGCCUCCUGUUAGAGAUGAAGAAUCAGAAACCCAAAGAAAAGCUCAUGCUAAGAGGGUGAGGGAGACACGAAGGUCUACCCAAGGAGUUACUCUGGAGGAAAUUAAGUCUGCUGAGCAGUUAGUGAAAAAGAAGCAGCAACAACAACUACAUCAAGCAACUCAACAGCUCAACAAUGAUCAGCCAAAUGCAGCGGAUUUGAUUUAUGGCAAUAACUGUACUUCAAUAUCAGCCACAAUAACAACUGGUGAGCCCACUGUACCUAGUCCUUCAAGAGAAGACGUCAUUGUCGUUUCAUCCGAGCGCCGACCCUCAUGGCGUCUCCGUGUUGACAACGGAGAUCGCAGCAAGUUUUUGCUGGAAGACGCACGAAAUCGGAGUAGCGUCCCGGAAGCAACAACUGCGUACAUCAGACGUCCUUCUGGUGGCUCUAUUGGCCGUCCUGCAUCUGCUCCUAGUGCCACUCCUGACCCAGUUUCAACCGAGACGACUGUCACCUUACCUUUAAGAAGACAAAUUAAACCUCCAGAAGAUAAGGAGCAAGAUAAGGAGAAUGAUAGCAGAAAUGCCCAAGCCACUCAAGCUGUGAUUGCUAGAAGAAAAAGGCCGAAGCGUAGGUCAACUGGCGUUGUCCAUGUUGAUCUCGAUGAAAUUGAUCCAGAUCGACAGGAAGCUAAUCAAGGUGAAGUGGAUGACUCAUCAACAAAUCAUAAUGAGAGUGGUGCUGAGCGAUCUGGACGCUCUUCCCGGUUGGGCUCUACCUCAUCGGCGGGGGGUGACUCUGCUUCUGUUAGCCGAGCUGUUACUCCUGCUAGAUCAGAGAAUGGAGAAAUUGAUUACAAGAAGCUUUAUGAAGAAUCUCAACUUGAAAAUGAGCGUUUGAGAGAGAAAUUAAAGAAGACUGAAGAUGAUUUAAGAGGAUCAAAAGCUCUUGCUGAAAACUCAGUUCCUAAUAAAAACAGCCUGUCUGAAAUAGAGAAGCGGGAAAGAAGGGCAAUGGAACGGAAGUUAUCAGAAAUGGAGGAAGAGUUGAAGCAAUUGCAAAAACUCAAAAUGGAAAACGAAAGAUUGAGGUCUGAAAACCGUGCUCUGACGCGGGUAGUGACCAAGCUGACUAGUUCAGCUAAUGCCAGAAUCUAGCUCUUGGAGCAGCUCAAAACCGAAAAUCAGAGGCUGAAAGAUGAAAAUGGAGCAUUAAUCAGAGUUAUCAGUAAGUUGUCAAAAUGACAACUAUCGUACCAACACAUUUUUAUUUUACUAUUAAGGAUGGUUAACAAGAAUGUUGUGAAAACCACAUGUGAUCAUUUAAAGUUGCAAAUUUUGCAAUUUGUUUCAUUUUGUAAAAAGUUUGUAUGUCUAUGCGUACUCAAGAUUUACAAAGUUAGCAUUGCCUUGUGAGCUUUGUUUAGUCUCAAGAGAAAACUUUCAUUUCUAGUCUCCGAUUAGAAUUCUGUUUUGUUAGUAAGUGGUUAAAAACAAUCUGUGUUGUAUUAAGAUGUAUACUUCUUAUAUUUUGUGUCAUUCGCAGCUAUUUAAAGAAUGCAAUGUGCUAAAUGUGGGACCCAAAUUGAGCCACAUUAUGAAAUCCAUUCUUUCAGCUUUUAUACAUGUUGUUUUCUCUUGCACCUGUGUUGCAGUUGUUUCCAUUUGAGAAAUUCUUAUACCUGGUCCAAUACUGUUUUCUUUUUUUGUUAUUGUUAUUUAUUACAAUCAGUUAAAGUCAGAGCGCUCUAUGACUGCAUCAGUUGUGAUGGCAGGUAAAUUUUGUUGGCAACUUAUAAAGGGAGAUCUCAAUUGUGAUGUAAAUGAUGCACCUUUGCCUCUCUGUGUCUCCUGGAAAUGAUAGGGGCAUUUAAACCUCUAAUUUAUUGGUGUAUGUACAUAUAUUUAUGGUGUAACACUGCUAGGAGUCGGGCAGGCAGGCAUGCAAGCGCUGUGUUCAAAUGUCAGCUAUUAAUUUAGUACAUAACAUUUCCCUUCAAUUUAGGUGUAUUUUACCUCUUCUUUUUUUUGCAAAGUGCCUUUGUGCUUUUACUGUACAUUAUACAUAAAAUUUUAAAAUAAAUUUUAUAGAAUGUGUAUGGAAUUGUAUUAAAAUAGACAAAAAAUGUUUGUUUCAAA